AUGACUGUACUGGAUCCAACCUCCGUGCCUGUGAAUCUUACUAGUCUCCUAGAGGGCUUUUCGUGUUGGGAGUCCCUUGAGAAUCUCACGGGGAUCAACCGAAAAUACUGGAGGAUUGGAACGCUUGGUCUCCUUGUGAGUCUUGCCGUUGCUCAUUUUGCGGGGUCUAUUCUCAUCGGUUUACUUUCAUGGGUAUACCCAGCUGAAUAUACAUUUUGUGUAUUUGGGGAUAUUUGGAUUGUUGUUGUUGUUGUGUGUGGUACAGCCUAUGCUUCAUUUAAGGCUCUCGAGGCACCAUCCAGAAAAGAUGACAAACGCUGGCUGAUCUAUUGGACCGUAACUGCAUUUAUUCACACUGGUGUGUCAAUAGUCGACCAGAUUCUGUUUUGGGUUCCGUUCUAUUCAUUACUCAAACUUGUGUUCUUUAUUUGGCUAACAAUGCCAUGGUUUGGAGGAGCUGAAUUAUUGUAUGGACAAAUUGUUCGGCCGUGGCUAGUCUGGGCGGAAAAGGAUGUGGACGAGCGAGCUGAGGUACUACGUCAACAACUAGGCCAUGCAGCUACUAAUGUUGCCCAUCAAUUAUUGCAUACAAAGAGUCAUGCGUCAGCCCAAAAAUCAAAAUAA